UUAUGGGAUGGGUUGUCCUAUUUUAAUAGUGUUAGUUGUUUGUUAGUUAACCAAUAAUGAUCUUCGAAAAGCACACAUAAAUAUAAUAUGUGAUGGUGAUGAUGAAAUAGAGUUGACAUUAUCAUAGAGAGUCAAUUAUUUUGAUCAUUACAUAUAUAUAUACGGAGUAGCAUAAACUGAAUUCAUCCAUCUCCCACUAAACCUUCCAAAAACUAGUACGCAAACGCGGAAAGCAUGCCUUCCGGAUUAAUGGAGAGAGAUCAGAUAUGGCCGUUAGCUUCGGGGUCUGACCGUCCAAGCAGCGACGACGAAGAAUCGCAGCGUUCAAACACAAAGGAGAUCCAUCGGAAACGGCUCACAAGAAAGUGCUGCGGUUGCGCCGCCGCUCUACUCCUCGUCGCGGCCGCUUUAAUCGUCACCCUCAUCUUCACGGUUUUCAAAGUAAAGAACCCCGUUAUCACGCUCAACGGCGUGAACAUUGAAAAGUUGGAGUUCCUCAACGGCACGUCAAUGCCUAAGCCCGGUUCCAACAUGACACUAACGGCCGACAUUUCCGUUAAGAAUCCGAACUACGCAUCGAUGGAAUACGGCAACACGAGCAGCAGCCUGUUGUACCACGGGACGGUGGUUGGCGAGGCGAGGGGUCCGCCGGGGACCACGAGAGCGCGGCGAACGGCGCGGAUGAACAUUACUGUGGAUAUCAUGACGGACCGGAUCGUGUCUCAGCCAAGCUUAAGUGGGGAUAUGAGUAAGGGAAUGCUCACCAUAAAUAGCUACACCAGAGUGGAAGGGAAAGUGAAGUUUUUGAAAGUGAUAGAGAAGCAUUUGGUGGUGAAGAUGAAUUGCAGCGUGAGUUUGAAUGUGAGUAGCAGACAAAUUCAGCAUCAGGAAUGCGAGCGCCGAGUCCAGCUCUAGAUUCACCCUCCAUAUCUUUUAUUUCAUCUACUAUUUGUUAGUUUUUUUUUUUUUUUUUUUUUUUUUUUUUAAUAAUAAAAAAAUCUAUUAUAUAGGCUAAAAAUUCAUCUAUAAUUGCAUUAUUUUUUCUAGAAGAAUACAUUUAAGUUUGGACAACUUCAGUUAGGAUGUGAGAUACGAGA